AUGGAUCGUCUGUGUCAGCCUUGCGAUGACAGCGCGCUUCCAGAAAACGUUUUUGGUUCGUUUUUCGCCUUCAUCUCUAAAUAUUCUAGAAUGCCUUCGUCUUCUGAUGAAGUACCCAGAAUCCUUCAAUUUCAUAACAACGCAUAAAAAGCUUCCGUUUGUUUUGAAAAUGCACUUGACAUCUCCAAAAAAUGAACUCAAAAUCAUUGCCUUGAGGUUCCUAACCACAUUAUUUUCCUGCAGCCAACCAAAUCGUCUCAUUGAGUUUCUAUUACGCAUGGAAUUGCUCGGUAAAUGACAUUCUUAUGUACUAUUUUCCCAGAUUUUGUGUACGACUGCCUACUAGAAGAGAUUAAUGUGGCAACGUAA